CAUUUUUCUUCAAAACUUAAUAUAAUAAAUUGGAAACUGAUUAUCAAAAUUAACUCAAACUUUGUGUGUAAGGUUACAACACAUGCGACUAUUUGAAAUAUUAUGCUGGUGAGUGUCAAUUUUUGUUCAUGGCUAGGUAGAUCUCUUUACUAGCAUCCCUUGCACUUUUUACCCUUAUUCGCCGCUAGUGUGAUUCCACGUUCUUUUUAAAUCUUUAAAACGUUUUCCUCAAAUCAACACUCAACAGUGACAUUGGGCAAAUUCUUUCCGUUUCGUAUCAACUCUGUAAACUUUUUUCUUAAUUGACGAUUUAAUUGUUACAUACAAUCGUGGAAUAAUAGAUGGUAUUAAUUUAAUCAAAGAACACUAUACUUAUUUUUUACAAGUGCAAAUUACAUGAAGGCCAAGAAUCAUUCACACGUAAUAAAAAAGAGAACUCUCCCUAUCAACCGACUACACUUGAAAACUAGCAAUAAGUUAGAAGAGCAUCGCUCUGAUCCAUAGAUACAAAAUUGUAAUGUAUUUCUUCACUAUCUUGUUCUACGUACUCGUAGUCAGCUUUUGUGCAUUGAGUAUUUGUUAUGCGGAACACAGAUGGAAAAGAAGAAGAUGGUACUUAUGCUCUAAGAAUGUACCUGGACCUAAAUCAUUUCCAUUCAUAGGAGCUGCGUAUAUUCUUCUGAUUGAUCCUAAUGAUCUACUAAAGGUAAUCACAGACAAAAUUGAUUCAUAUAGAGACAUUUUAAAAUUCUGGAUGGGUAACAAACUACUGUACUGUCUAAUGAACCCUAAGUAUAUCGAAAAGGUUAUCAACAGCACCAAAGCAUUGGACAAGGAUUGUUUUUAUGAACCUUUCGCACAAAUGACAGGAGAAGGACUAGUGACGUUAGGAGGGGCUAAAUGGAAGAGGCACCGAAAAGUCAUAACUCCAUCGUUUAACCAGAGAGUUCUCGACAGUUUCGUAGUGCUAUUUAAUGAAAAAGGUGUUGACUUGGUAAAGAAACUGGAAAAACAUGUUGGCCAGAGGAAUGUGCCUGUAUACUCUAUUCUAGGCAAAAUGAUAUUAGAACUCGCUUGCCAAACUUCUAUGGGGGUGGAGUUAGAUGUUGAAUCUCUAGAACGCAGACUUGAUGAAGUUUUAGACAAGCAGAUACACCUCUUCACAGAAAAAACAUUAAUAUUAUGGAAUCACUUCGAGGUUAUAUGGUACUUGUCAGGGAAGAAAAAGAUGUACCAGGAUUACAUAAACAGAUUUGGGAGUAUUAUUAGUGAGGUUAUCAAAAAGAAAAUUAAAGACGAAAAGCCAAAUGAGCAAAAAAAGCUAGGUAUAUUAAACAAUUAUGGAGAUAUUCCUGAAAAACACGCGUUUUUGGAUACGCUCAUAGAAAAUACAGAUUUGGAUGAAAAUGAAAUCAGGGAUGAGGUGAACACGUUCAUAUUAGCAGCAACAGAAACCACUACUAAUGCCCUGGCUGCCAUACUCACCAUGCUAGGGAUAUAUCGUGAUGUACAGGAAGAAGUAUACAAGGAAAUCAUUGAUGUAGUUGGUGUAGAGGGAGAAGUAAUGCCACAAGACCUUAUCAGAAUGGAGCUCACCGAAAGAGUAAUCAAAGAAACCUUAAGGUUAUUUCCUGCCGGACCUGUCAUGUCUAGAUACGUGUCAGGAGACAUAGACAUUGGUGACAAUAUCAUUAUACCAGAGGGAGUAUCAGUCGCUGUUCCUUUAUUGUACAUUCAUAGAAAUGGCGAAAUUUAUGAAGAUCCGUUGAAGUUUGAUCCAGACAGGUUUUUGCCAGAAAAUGUGGCAAAGAGACCUCCGUCGACUUACUUUGGAUUUUCUCAGGGCCCUCGAAGUUGUAUAGGUAGUAAAUACGCAAUGAUGAAUAUGAAAGUAAUUUUAGCCCAUGCUAUCAGACGUUUGAAAUUUUUCUCUGAAUACAAAUCAGUCGCAGACAUCGAAUUAAAGAUGACCAUGCUUCUAAGAAUGAAGCACGGACCAAAAGUAUGGGUCGAAAAAAGAUGAUCAUGUGUAUACAUAGGCUGUGUACUAUUUAGUGGCAGUAAAUCUUGAAUUCCA